CGGUAGAGCGGCCGUCCCUCUGACUCGUCCCGCCCGCCCGCCUCGAGCGGCGCGUGCGUUGGGAGCGGAGCGAAGCCGCUGCCCCGAGUGGAGAUGGCCGCGCCUGCGAGGACUGCUUAAGCCGGUUCGCAAGCGUUUGCUGUCUUUGUGCCCGCUCCCUCCUGUUGUGGGAGGGCUUUUCCUGGGGCCGGGGAGCUGGGGAAAACAGAGCAAGCUUACGGCUGGCAGCGCAGUGGUUGCCGUUACCCGUCCUGGCUUGAAAGCGGUAUCUCAGGGCUGCUCGUAUUUUACGUCAGCAAGCGAUAACGCACAAGUGAAUUGAUGCUGUCUCUUCGUUGCUGAGAGGAGCGUGUUUUCAAACUAUAGCUUUUACCGUCCCUGGGGCACAAUCCAGUUUUCCACUGAACUGGAGCUCUGCUAAGGCGUCAGCAUGCACACACUAUUAGGGAGCUUACCAAACUGAAAAAUCGGGGAUGUGACUGAACAGAGCACAGCGUUCUCAUGCAAAUGGAAGCAAAGAAGCUCCUACAGACUGCAGUUCCACACACAAAGUUAUCUAAACUUCCACUUGGAAAAGCUUAUCUUCAUCCAUAAACUUGAAAGGGAACAUGAGGGACGACUCUUCUUUAGGGCCCGGGCCACGGCUGCCAUAACAACGCGGAGGACGCUGGCGCCGAGCGGGACGCGAAAGACGAUCCGGACAUGCCCUUCACGGAGCGCGCCUAUUUCCCCGCGGGGGCGGCCGCGGCCGGCUCUGGAUCGUUUCCCGCCUUCCAGUUCCGCGGGCGCCAUGAGGGCCCGGACUGGCGGCGGCUGAGCGCCGUGGACGUGGGCCGGGUGUGGCGGGAGGGCGACGUUGCGGCCCUGCAGGAGCACCUGGAGCACGUCACCUUCUGCAGCGCCGAGCGGGAGCGCUGCCCGCACUGCCAGGGCCCCGCAGACCCGCUGCUGCUCAAGCUGCUGCGCCUGGCCCAGCUGUGCACCGAGUACCUGCUGCACUCGCAGGAGUACCUGAGCGCCCAGCUGAGCGGCCUGGAGGAGGCUCUGCGUGCGGCCCAAGCCCAGCGCGACCGCCUGGCCGAGGAGGUGGCCCAGCGCGCCCAAGAGGUCAAGGGGUUGAAGGAGGAGUGCCGGCGCAGGAAGAAGAUGAUCAGCACCCAGCAGAUGAUGCUGGAGGCCCGAGCCAGCUACCACCAGUGUCAGUUCUGUGAAAAGGCUUUUAUGAACUAUUCCUUUUUACAAGGUCAUAUGCAAAGGCGUCAUCCAGAAGAAUCUCAGAUUGCAGAACAAAAGAGGAAAGCGAAGACGGACAAAUUGCAGGAUGAGAUUGAGAAACUGAAGGAGCAGUUGCAGCUCACCAAAUCCCAGUUAGAAGCGGAACAGCAAGCUAAUGUGGUCAGAUUUUCCAAGGAAUGUGAACAGCAGAAAUCAAAAGAAGAAGAAAUUCUACAAUCUUUUCAUAAAUGGAAAGAAGAAGAAAAAGCCAAAUUGGCUGACGAAAUAGAAAAAGUGAAAGAUAUGUUUAUGAAAGAGCUUAAGGAGUUAUCUUCAAGAAAUUCAACAUUAGAAAAUCAACUGUUAGCAUUACAAACAUCCAGCAUGCAGAAAUCCAAUUUAGGGACACUGAAGGACAGCCAUGAAUUCAUGGAAGAGAAGCCUCAGAGUACUCAAGAUUAUCACAAAGUGGUUAAACUUCUUGAAAAACAGGAAAGUAAAUGGACAUCUAGAAUACAAGCCCUUCGUCAAGAUCAUGAAACAGAAAAGUCCCUGCUCCUAUCACAGAUUGAGAAGCUUAAAUCAUCAGUGAGAGAAGACCUGAAUAAAAAUAACACCUUUUACAAGAGAAGGAUAGAAGAAUUGGGAGAGAGGCUUCAGGAACAGAACAAUCUGAUUAUUACACAAAAGAAGCAGAUAAAAGAGUUGUCCACAAAAUCAGUUGCAAGCAUCAAACCCUAUGAUACAAACACUGCAGUUGAGCAUCUUGAAGAAUCUAAAUCAAGUCUACCUGUGAUGUAUGAAAUUGAGAAAGACGAUCUUAAAACAGGUAGAAGUAACCAACAUUUAAUAAAUGCUUUGAAGACUGAUCCUUCUUUAACUAAAGAAUUAAGAGUUGUUUUGGAGCAAGCCCUGGAGGAAAAACUGGAAUCCUUGGGAAUCAAAGCAGGUGUCCGUGGUAUCCCGAAUGAUCGCUUAAAUAAAAUCCUGCAUGCCAUUGAAUCUGCUAGAGAGCACAAACUGAAGCAAGAGCCUGACAUUCAACGAAUUCGAGAGUAUCUUGAACGCCAAGUCAGCUUUAGGGUUGUAGAGAGAUCAACAUUGUCUAACAGAACUGUUUCCAGUCCUUACAUUCCUUCUGAAGGUAAACAGAAGUUCAAUCAAUUGGGAAUUUCCUCAUCUACCAUACCACAAAAACCAGUAAAACGGUCUUUGACAGCUGUCCGCCCAGCUGAACAAAGAGCAGCCAUCGCUGAGAACACAUCUACACCAAAGAAGCUCAUCGGAAGCGAAGCUUCCAGAAGGACAUCUAGUAUCACAACUCCACCAUUCAGUUCAGAGGAAGAAGCAGAUGAAGAUGAUGUCAAACAGUUGCACAUAUCACGAGAAUCAUUGCAAAAGCAGUCAAAAACAUCAAGCAGCAAAGUCGGUGCUUUUCACAUGGCUUCUGACAAAAGUGAUCUGGAUGGGACAGAGGAAAGUGAAACUGAAGAAACAGGAACACCUGUCAAAGCCUCAAAAGGAACUGUUAUUCAAAAACUGACUGAACAAGUUGGAAAGAGCCUUUCUAACCACGGAAAUAAGAGCAGGCCAGCUGGAGGGAUAGAUGUUGCACAAGCAUUUAUUAAGAAAGAAGAGGUGCAAGAACCCAAGUUCACAGAAGUAGAUGAAGAUGACUGGGAUAUAUCAUCUAUAGAAGAAGACUAUUUGUUGAUGAAAGAUAAUAGUGGUCAGAAGGCAUCAACAGCUCAGAAAAAUGAGUCAAAUGCUGCAUCUGUUGUACAUGCCUGGGGUCUUCCAAAAAAGACUGUACCAAAACAGGAAGGUCCUCGUGAAGCUGAUAAUACAAGCACAUUAAAAAGCAGCCUAGUCACCGUAACAGAUUGGAGUGAUUCUUCAGAUAUAUAAUAGUUAGAUUCCUGAUGGGAGGCGCUGCUUUUUGGUUUCUGUUGAGUUUGAAAAUGUAAUUGAAAUCAUCAAGUGUUUCCUGCUCAUUUCUUACGCUGUUCAAGUGACAACAAUGAAUACUGUUUACAGAGCUCUUGUGUCUUUCAAUCCUGAGUUUGUACAAAGAAUUUUCAUAUAUACAUUGCUUGCCAUCAGUAUUUGGAAACUGAGAAAAUUGUUCUUCCUUGUGAAGUCAGUGGUGAAAAUCCUUGAUUUCACUGAGGUGAGGAACAUGCCUCUAAUGUUUACUUUAAUGACCAAACCUGGUCUUAGAAGAAAACCUGUUCAUCA